AUGUCAGGCCAAAAAGGUACAGCCAUAAAUAAUUAUAUUAAAGUGGGAACACCUCAAGAAAAGGAGCCCUUAAUUUUUAAAGAUGUCCUCUCGUACGAUGAAGCCAAGCUUUCAGCCUUUUUAUCGGUUACCUCUCUAACGGAGCUAAUCAACGAUGGUAAUCGUAAUAAUAAUGGUGUUAUAGAAACAAAUGUUAAGUCCAUCGAAAGGGAAGGUAUUGUAGUGGGUAUUAUAGGAGCUAGAUUUGAAAAGCCUAUGGUUAUGGAAUAUCAAGAUAUUUUAAUAACUAAGGAACAAAAUCAAGGGAAAAGAGGUUAUGGUUUUAAUGGUGAAAAGCAGAACGUAGCAGAAGUUGAUGACGAAACGAAAAGUGCAAUUGAAUACCGAAAAUUAUGGCAGAAAUUUUACGAAAGUCCCGAUUUCUUAUACUCCCAAGUACCUGACAAUAAUCCAAGAUUUACUACUUUAGCAGCGGGCAAAUUCGACAAUGUUUUAAUGAAGAAACGUUAUGCCGUAACCUUUGACACCCUGCUGCUAGAGAGCCAGGCGAGAGCAGAAAAAUUUAAGAAACAAGCCUAUACAUAUAGUAGGCAUAGCCAACGUGUUAAAUAUUUACUGCCAAAGCUGAAUAAUAUUGGUGCCCUACAUUUCUCCUGGUUCCAUAUGACAGAAUGGCGGGAUUUGAAACAUAAUGGUUUUAUCGAAUCCAAAACACAUCCCCUAGGAGGCAUUCAAACUUUUUUGUCCAAUCGUAAUCCCAAUGACAAAUUACCUCAGGAAUUUAAGGAUAUGUUAUUGGUGGUGUCAUAUGCCUGGGAUGGUAAUGCUUUGCCGGGCAAUGAAUUUUGGGUGGGUUCUUUAAGUGGAUCCAAUGAUCCUUCUACUGCCUGCAGUACCUUAAUAUCAGAACUUCAUAAUCCUCACAUUAAUGAGGAGUAUGUUAAUGGUAAAAAUUUACAUAUUGCAUCGGGGGAAUAUGGUAUCUUGCAUAUACAGGAGUUUACCAAGAAAGUUUUGGAAAGAGAGUAA